AUGGCACCAGGUGGGAACCAGACCAGUGGUAUGACAGAGUUUGUCCUUGCAGGCUUUCCAAAUCUCAACAGUACAAGAGUGGAACUGUUUUCUGUGUUUCUUCUUGUCUAUCUGCUGACUCUGACAGGCAAUGUAUUGAUUGUGGGGGUGGUAGGUGCUGAUACUCGUCUACAGACCCCUAUGUACUUCUUUUUGGGUAACCUGUCUUGCCUGGAGAUUCUGAUCACUUCUGUCAUCAUUCCUAAAAUGCUGAGCAAUUUCCUCUCAAGGCAACACACUAUUUCCUUCGCUGCAUGCAUUACUCAAUUUUAUUUCUACUUCUUUCUUGGGGCCUCUGAAUUCCUGCUAUUGGCUGUCAUGUCUGUGGAUCGCUACCUGGCCAUCUGCCAUCCUCUGCGCUACCCCGUGCUCAUGAGUGGGUCCAUGUGCUUUCGCAUGGCAUUGGCUUGCUGGAUUGGUGGACUCCUCCCUGUGCUUGGUCCUACAGUAGCAGUGGCCUUGCUUCCUUUCUGUAAACAGGGUGCCGUGGUACAGCACUUCUUCUGUGACAGUGGUCCACUGCUCCACUUGGCAUGCACCAACACCAAGAAGCUGGAGGAGACUGACUUUGUCCUGGCCUCUCUUGUCAUUGUAUCAUCAUUGAUGAUCACCGUUGCAUCCUAUAGCCACAUCAUCCUUGCUGUCCUACGUAUUCCUUCUGCUUCAGGUCGUCAGAAGGCCUUCUCCACCUGUACCUCCCAUUUGAUGGUAGUGACCCUCUUCUAUGGGAGUGCCAUUUUUCUCUAUGUGCGGCCAUCACAAAGUGGCUCUGUGGACACUAACUGGGCAGUGACAGUGAUAACAACAUUUGUGACACCUUUGCUGAAUCCAUUCAUCUAUGCCUUACGCAAUGAGCGAGUGAAGGAAGCUUUGAAGGACAUGUUCAGGAAGGUGGUAGCUGACUUUUUUAAGAAAUCUUUUACUUACUGAGAAUUUGAAUCAGAAAGCAGUAAGGUGAAACUGAAGGAUCUCAGUAAUUAGUCUUAAUUCCAGACAUUCUCCAUUUUCACUCUUUCCAUCAUCAUGGACCUCACCAAAAGAUCGAAUUCGGGAACCACGAAAAAACUUCAAAGUUAUCGGGUCUGCCCUUUUCCACUUUUCCACUUUCUGCCAAAAUUUAUUGAUUCUAUAAU